AUGGGAAAUUUGAUCAAUCUAAGACACCUUGAUAUUUGUGGCACAAACUUGAAGUACAUGCCUUCACAAAUAGCCAAACUACAAAAUCUUCAAACUUUGUCUGCCUUUAUUGUCAGCAAAUCGCAAGACGGUUUGAAGGUUGGAGAGCUAAAAAACUUCACCAAUCUACAAGGUAAACUUUCCAUUUCAAAACUACAAAAUGUUACUGAUCCCUUUGAAGCUUUUCGAGCCAAUUUGAAAAGCAAAGAGAAAGUUGAUGAGUUAUCGUUAGAAUGGGAUUACGGUGCUACUUUGGAUACACAAAUUGAAAGACUUGUACUUGAACAACUACAACCUCCUUCAAGUUUGAAGAAACUAACCAUAAAAUCCUAUGGUGGAACUAGCUUUCCGAAUUGGUUUGGUGAUUCUUCAUUUGCUCAUAUGGUGUACUUGUGCAUAAGUGAUUGUGAUCAUUGUUGGUCACUUCCACCACUUGGACAACUACUUGGUCUCAGGGAACUAUACAUUUCUGGUAUGAAAUCAGUGAAGAUUGUUGGUGCUGAAUUCUAUGGAAGUAGUUCUAGUUCCUCUUUAUUUCAACCAUUUCCCUCCUUGCAGGUUUUGCGCUUCAGAGAUAUGCCAGAGUGGGAGGACUGGAACUUGAUUGGAGAUACAACAACAGAUUUUCCAAAUUUGUUACAUCUAUCUCUAAAGGAUUGUCCAAAACUUAAAGGAACCUUACCUAUAAACCAAAUUUCCUCAACUUUUGAAUUAUCUGGCUGUCCUCUAUUGUUUCCUAACUCAAUGUUAUACUUCACAGAAAACAUACCAACAAACUUUCAUUCAUCACUUGUGCUCAACUGCACCAACUUGAUCCUAGACUUAACCCUCUCGAGAAUUCCUUCCUCGGCUUCAUUCCCUAGAGACGGUCUACCUACAACUUUGCGGUCACUCACUUUACGUGAUUGUGAGAAUCUAGAAUUCCUUCCUCAUGAAUCUUUGUGUAAUUACAAAUCACUUGAGGAAUUGGAAAUACACAAUAGUUGUCAUUCAUUGACAUCUUUUACUCUAGGCUCUCUUCCUGUGCUCAAAAGUCUUAGAAUUAUGCGUUGUGAACAUCUGAAACUCAUUUCAAUUGCGGAAAAUCCAACACAAAGUCUCUUGUUUCUUCAGUAUUUGAGCAUACGUUCUUGUUCUGAACUUGAGUCGUUUUCCACAAAUGAAUUUAGUGCGCACCUAAUCUUACCUAUUUGA